UCGCGAGAGUUCCCGCGGCGGUAUCCGCGAUGCCGUGUGAGAAUUGGGUCCUUUCUGGCGGCCCGGCCAUCUUGGCGGCGCGACUCCGUUACCGCCCGACCCGACGCAAGGCAGCAACAUGGUGGCCGCGAAGAAGACGAAAAAGUCCCUAGAGUCCAUAAACUCUAGGCUUCAGCUGGUUAUGAAAAGUGGUAAAUAUGUGCUAGGAUACAAACAGACUCUGAAAAUGAUUCGGCAGGGCAAAGCCAAGUUGGUCAUCCUAGCCAACAACUGUCCUGCUCUGAGAAAGUCAGAGAUUGAGUACUACGCCAUGCUUGCCAAGACCGGGGUCCAUCACUAUAGCGGCAACAACAUCGAGCUGGGCACAGCGUGUGGGAAGUACUACCGGGUGUGCACGCUGGCCAUCAUCGACCCAGGUGACUCUGACAUCAUUAGAAGCAUGCCAGAACAAACCAGUGAGAAGUAAAUGCUGUAAAGGUGUUAUUUCUACAAUAAAACUGGUUACAAAUCUGUUUUAAGAAAAAUUUGUAUCAUACCUUUGCUGGUUUUAGGGAACAAAGUAUAUAAAUGAAGAUUCAUUACCA